AUGCAAAAAUAUCCAAAAUUAGGGUCCGAAAACGGGCGAAAAUUCGGAAAAAAAACGAGCAAGACAUUUUUAUCAGUUUUCAUUCCGUACCCCAUACUGCCGGAGAAAUAUACCCCACCAUUCCAUCACCUGAACGCCAGAGAAGUAUACCCGACCAUUCCGCAUGUACUGCCGGAGAAUCACCUGAUACUGCCGGAGAAGUAUACCCCACCAUUCCGUCACCUGAUACUGCCGGAGAAGUAUACCCCACCAUUCAGUCACCUGAUACUGCCAGAGAAGUAUACCCCACCAUUCAGUCACCUGAUACUGCCAGAGAAGUAUACCCCACCAUUCCGUCACCUGAUACUGCCGGAGAAGUAUACCCCACCAUUCCGUCACCUGAUACUGCCGGAGAAGUAUACCCCACCAUUCCGUCACCUGAUACUGCCGGAGAAGUAUACCCCACCAUUCAGUCACCUGAUACUGCCAGAGAAGUAUACCCCACCACAUCACCUGAUACUGCCGGAGAAGUAUACCCCACCAUUCAGUCACCUGAUACUGCCGGAGAAGUAUACCCCACCAUUCAGUCACCUGAUACUGCCAGAGAAGUAUACCCCACAUCACCUGAUACUGCCGGAGAAGUAUACCCCACCAUUCAGUCACCUGAUACUGCCGGAGAAGUAUAUCCCACCAUUCAGUCACCUGAUACUGCUGGAGAAGUAUACCCCACCAGUCUUAUACUGCCGGAGAAGUAUACCCCACCAUUCAGUCACCUGA